AUGAAGGCACAAGUUCGAAUAGCCGACCGGUUCGGUGCGUUUCAUACCGUACGCGCGUUGGUAGAUCAGGGCUCCGAGGCAUCGUUCGCAUCCGAGUCGCUCGCACAGCGCCUUCGAUUACAACGCGUGGCUACAAAAGUCAGAGUUUUUGGCAUCGGCGGGGAGCAGACGGGCGUGGCGCGUGGGGCCUUGAACAUCGAGAUUUUACCGGCAACUGGGAGCAGCAGGAUUUCCAUUCACGCACUGAUCCUGCCUCGGUUAACCGCGUAUGCAGGAGCGACGGAGGUCGGGGCGAAAACGUGGGCCCAUCUGACGGGCUUGACUUUAGCGGAUUCGGAAUACACUUCCAACGAGCCCAUUGAGCUGCUGCUCGGUGCGGAAGUCUUCUCGAAUAUACUGCAGGAGGGCGUCCGUAGGGGCGGCCCUCGAGAACCUGUGGCGCAGGAAACCUCAUUGGGUUGGCUUAUUUCCGGCAUCGCGGAUACCGCUGCCCAGACGGUACGAGCUACCGUUCACCACUGCGCAUCCAACGAUAAACUAACUAAAAUGGUGAGGCUCUUCUGGGAGCAGGAGGAGCUGCCGCGAGCCGCGGCCCCCCUCACUCCAGAUGAACAGGCCUGCGAGGACUUGUUCCUUAACGCUCACUCUCGUUCCUCCGACGGCAGAUACACCAUGCGGUUGCCUCUGAGAAGUUCCCUGCCAGACCUCUCGGGGACGCGUCACAAUGCCGUACGCUCACUGUUCCGGAUGGAGGCACGAUUCCAGCGUGAUGUCGACCUGCAACAGCAAUACGUGCAAUUCAUACGGGAAUACGAAUCACUACAGCACAUGACAUCCGUUGCGAACCACCAGGAUGCUCCUCGUAGGGUAUGCUACGUUCCACAUCAUGGCGUCCUCAAGGCAGCGAGCACCACCACCAAACUUCGGGUUGUCUUCAACGGCUCCUCUUCAUUGCCUUCGGGAGAGUCGUUAAACGAUCAUCUGCUGGUGGGACUCAAUCUCCUGCCGGCGCUAGCUGACAUCCUCCUCCGUUGGCGGUGGCAUCUCUACGUUUUUGUCACCGACAUCGUCAAAAUGUACCGACAGAUCGUGGUGCAUCCGGACUGUGAUCUGCAACGGAUUGUGUGGCGAUACGAUCCGCAGAUGACCAUUGUCGAAUUCAUACUACUCACGGUCACUUACGGCUUGGCGUGUGCUCCAUUCCUCGCCAUCCGUACGCUGAAGCAACUGGCCAAGGAUGAAAGAGCUCGGUACCUGAUAGGCGCAGAGACUCUCGAAGACGACACGUUCGUCGACGACGUCACCUCGGGGGCCUCCACGCUCACUAAGGCGCUCAAGAAACGAGACGAGCUAAUUAGCAUUUGCAAGGCGGGCGGCUUCCCGCUGAAGAAAUGGGCUGCGAAUGACGCGGCUCUGUUAAAAGGCAUUCAACCCGAAGAUCGACUCCAGGAUGCCCAACGCCCUUGGCACGUCCAGGAUUCCCAAUCCUUGCUUGGAGUCCUCUGGAAUCCUAGUAGAGAUGACUUCUCAUUCUCCAUCAAGGCGAAGGAAAUGACGCAAGUCACCAAACGAACAGUGCUGUCACUUACGGUACAGUUGUUCGACCCACUGGGCUGGCUCGCUCCGGUGGUGAUUCGGGCUAAGCUAUUCAUCCAGACUGCAUGGAUGCAGGGACUCGACUGGGACACUCCAAUGCUUGCCGAGGAUGCCGAUCGCUGGAGAGACUUCCAUAAGGAGCUACCGGUCCUGGAGAACGUGCGCAUUCCGCGUUGGAUGAAACAUGGACCGCCCGGGAGUCUGCUAGAACUACACGGUUUCGCGGACGCCUCCAAGCGGGCGUAUGCGGCGGUACUCUACUUGCGUGCUGAAACAGAGAACGGCAUAGUCACUACUCUGGUGUGCGCAAAAACAAAGGUCGCCCCGCUCAAGAAAAUCUCCCUAGCCAGAUUGGAGCUCUGCGCUGCGGAUCUCUUAACGAGACUCACCGAACACACACUUACUGUUUUUCAGUUCACGAUUCCGGCACAUCUAUGGUCCGACUCCGAAGUGGUCCUCGCCUGGAUCAGGUCGCACCCAGCGCUGUGGAAGACGUUCGUGGCCAACCGCGUGACAAGCAUCUAG